GGUACACUCGGUCGGUGCCAGCCUGCCCCGUUACUCGGUUCAUCACGGUGGUUUAACGGCGGACUGUCCGUUGCUCCGGGAACACAUUCAUGGAGGAAACGUGAAGAUUUACCGGAGAGAGGAACAGGAUAACUUUUCCCGCGGUGUUGGCGUUUCAGCGUGAUGCGCUGUGAUGGAGGAGGCGGAGCACAGCCGCUACGUCGCCCAGCUGAAGGUGGAGUUCGACAGCUGUGACACCACGGCAACGGGCUUCCUGGACCGCGAGGAGCUCACGGUGCUCUGCAGGAAACUGCAGCUGGACGCACAGCUGCCGCUGCUGCUGGACACACUGCUGGGAGAACGCACCUACGGCAGGGUGAACUUUGAGGAGUUUAAAGAAGGCUUCGUGGCCGUUCUGUCUCGGUCUCUGGACUUCAGCACGUCGGAGGACGACAGCAGCUACCUGGAGCCAGUGGUUCCAGAGGAGGUGAAGCCAAAGUUCGUGAAGGGGACGAAGCGUUACGGCCGGCGCUCCCGUCCUGACAGUAAGCCCGGCGCCACGCUGACCUGCGACUCUGAGGACUCGCCGCCGUCCAGAACCGACGCCACCGACUCCUCGCCAGACGGCGUCCGCCGGGCCAAACUGAGACGCUCCACGUCUCUGGAGAGCGUUGAGAGCCUGAAGUCAGAUGAGGAAGCAGGAAAUCAGAAGGAGAACAUCCAGCCUGACUUUCAGUCUAAAGGUCCGGAGCAGGAGCAAACGGACCUGGGGGUCGUUGUUGGAGGCGUACUGACCGCGGUGUGUGAUCAGCUGGGACUGCAGCCGCCUAACACAGAGGAUCUAGACGUGCUGCUCAGGAAGUUGGACGCCGACCUGGACGGCAGAGUGAGCCUGAGGGACUUCCAGAAGGUUCUGCGAGGCUCCGCCCCCAUUUCCUGCUCCACCCCCGUACGAUCAGCCAACCUGCAGAGGGCGCCACAUCGGUGUCACGCGGUGUUAGAGGAGCGCUCGGCUCGCUCCACCUCGCCCUCCCUGCUGACGGCCGCGGCGGGGCAGAGAGUCCUCAGCCGGUUGGAUGACGGGUCAGGAUGCACCAGCCCCGAGCGCGUCAUCUCUCUCUGGACCGAAGAGGGCAUCCGGAACAGCCGGGAAAUCCUGCAGACUCUGGACUUCCCUCUGGAGGAGCGUGUCAGUCUGGCAGACCUGACUCUGGCUCUGGACAACGAGAUGCUGGUCAGCGGGAACGGCAUCCACCAGGCCGCUCUCCUCUCCUACAAGAACGAGAUCCAGCACCUACAGGUGGUGGCGGAGCAGGCCUGCAGGGAGCGGGACAAGGUGAAGUCAGACCUGGAUCAGGCUGAUCAGAGGAACCUGCAGCUGGUCCGAGAGGUGGACGACCGCCACGCCAGCAUGGAGACGCUCAACCAGACCAUGAUCAGGGACCUGGAGCAGGACUUCCGUGAUAGGCUGGCGGCUCUACGCAGCCAGUCGGAGCAGGAGAGCGAGGCUCUGCUGGUGCAGGCGGAGAGAGAGCGCCGCACGCUGCAGGACGAGCUGCAGCUGCUGCGAGCGUCGGAGGCGGAGCUACAGGAGGAGCUCCGCAGCGCCACACAGGAGAACGGUCGUCUGGAGGAGGAAGGCAGGGUUGUGAAGCUGAAGCUGACUGAGGCAGAAAGCUCCGUGAGCAGACUGCAGAGAGACCUGGACGCCCUGCUGCACCACAAGUUUGGCGGCUUGGACCCGACGGCCGCUGGUCUGAGUCACGAGGAGCGAUUCUCUGAGAUCGUCAAAGACUACGAGCUGCAGUGCCGGGAGCUGCGGGACAGAAACGAUGAGCUGAGCUCAGAGUUGGAGCUGCUGACGAAUCAGAGGAGUGACAGGAAGUCCAGACGAUCAAAAGGAGACGCAGACGCCACUUUGAGCUGGAGCGAACAACGACCCGCCAGUACCGAGUCAGACUCUGACGAGUCGGAGAUGAAGCGCAUCUCGUCUCCUCUGGUCCGGAAGAAGCUGCAGCCGGCAGAUAAGGCCGCUCUGUGUUCCCUGGACGGUGUCUCAGGUCCAGCUGUCAGUAUUCAGACUGAACUGGCUCUGGAGACGCUGAAGCAGAAACACAACCAGGAGCUGCAGCAGCUGCACAUCAAGCUGGAGACACAGGUGAACUACUACGAGCGCAGCCUGGAGGUGAUGAGGCAGAGCAUGGAGGUGGAGCGCAAAGACAUCUCUCAGGCCUUCAAGAUGGAGAUCAGUGAGCUGGAGGAUCAGAAAGCUCAGGCGGAGCAGCAGGUGAAGCAGCUGAAGGAGAAACUGCAGACUCAGAUCCAACAUGGAGGAGGAGGAGGAGGAGGAGGAGGAGGGUGGAGCAACGAGCAGGAGCGCAGGAUGCAGCGGGAGCGUGCGGAGCUGGAGCAGAACUUUGCCCGGGAGAUCAGUAACCUGGUCCAGAGACUGAGCGCUGAGAAGGAGCAGCUGGAGGCCGAGCUGAAGCUGAAGAUGGACCAGGAUCUGAUGCUGGUCAGGAAGGACGCCGAGCAGCAGCUCUCUCACGUGACGCUUCAGCACGCCGAGAGUCUGCGUCAGCUGGAGAAGAACGCCCAUCUGCACAUCAGCCAAUCAGAGGCUGCUUUACAGGAGCUCAGAGGGCGCUGUGGUCACUUAGAGGACGAUCUCGAAGCUUCACGCGGACGCUGCUCGGAGCUGGAAGCUCGCCUAGAGGAGGCGUGUGCUCAGCUCGCCGUCCUGGAGUCUCACAAGCUUUCAAACGAACGUAUGGCGUCAGAGAAGGAUGAGCUCCUGCUUGAGGUGAGUCGGCUGAAAGAGGAGCUGGGAAACAUGCGGGCGGCGUCCGACAGCAUCCUACAGGGCCGCGAGGCGGCGAAGGAUAACUACAGCCGCCUCUCGGACGCUUUCGUCCAGCAGCAGGCGCAGCUCGGAGCCCGAGAGCAGACGCUGAACGCCCUGAGGGCUGAGCUGCAGACUCUGCAGGAGUGUCUCGCCAAACGGGCCGCAGAGCUAGACUCGCUGAAGACAGACCGCGCCCGGCUGAUACAGGAUCUGAAGGAGCAGGCGAUGGCCGUGGACACCUUGCGGCUGCAGCUGGACGGCGUCUCAGAGGAGUCGGACAGGUGUCGGAGCGGCGAGCGGCGUCUGCAGGAAGCUCUGACGCGGGUCCAGUGCUCUCUGCGCGACGAGAAGGAACAGGUCUGCCGUCUGAGCCAGGAGAACGCCAGCUACGCCCGUCUGGCCGACCAGCUCGCCGGCCAGAUCGUGGAGAUGGAGGCAGAGAUCUCGACGCUCAGAGAGCAUCUGGGGGAACUCAGCGCCCAGCUCAACGACACGGCAGACCUGGUCCUGGAGCUCCGGACGCAGCUCAACUCCAAAACCGGCCAGGUGGAUCGGCUCCGGGCAGAGGUGGCGGACGCCGACAAUCUCUUACGGCAAGUAAGUUCCCUCGAAGCGAAGCGCGACUUUGAAGAAGAGAAACAGAAGAUGACGCAGCAGCUGAUGGAGCUGGAGCGGCUGGUUCUGGCUCUGGAGGACGGGAUGGACCCGGCCAGUCUGCACAGGACUCAGCUGGAGGAAGUUCGUUUGGAGAACGGAGCUCUUCAGGAGCGACUGACCGUCCUGCAACAGGAAGUCCACAACCUGGAGGACGAAGUCGCCAACAAGAGGAGGAAACUGGAGGAGAUGGAGCAAGAACACGAGAGGAGCAGAGAAGACGAGGAGAGGCUGCACAAAGAGAACUCCAGGUAUCGUGAGGAGGUUCUGGAUCUGAGCGGCAGGAACCUGCAGCUGAGCAACGACAACGCCGAGCUGAGCGCCCGUCUCCGUGGAGACCAGGAGUCGCUCCGGAUGCUGCGGGAGCGCCUGGCGACCGUCUCCAAGGAGCGGGAGGAGAAGGGAACUACGGUGCGUCAGCUGCAGGACGCGGCGUUGCAGCAGGAGAGAGAGAAGCUGCAGCUGCAGGCCGUCUGGACGCAGGAGAGGCAGCUGCUGGAGAGAGAGCUCAGCACCUUCAAGGAGAAGCUGGGCCGUCUGUCGGCGCUGGAGGCGGAGCUCAGCGGUGCGACUCUGAAGCUUCAGCGGUUGGAGGAGGAUAAAUCCAAACUGCUGAGAGAAGCCGACGACCGAAACAACAAGGUGGAGAAGCUGCAGCAGUCGCUGCUCGCCGUGGAGUCGGAGGCGGAGCUGCUUCGCUCUCAGCUCCACGCCGUUGGUCAGGAGAAACUCGGCCACGUCCAGGAAGUGACCUCGCUGCACAGGAAGCUGCAGGACGCUCAGAGCAAGGUGGAGGAGUUGGAGAGCAGCGUUAGGACGCUGCUGACGGAGAACGAGGAGCUGCGUCACGCUCUGGAGGAGCAGGAGGAGCAGGAGGAGACCCACAAGCUCAGAGUCCAGAACCAGGAGCUCCAACACCAGCUGUCGGAGCAGCAGAACCUGAAGACCAAACUGACCCAACUGGAGACGGAGCGGACGCAGGCUCAGGACCAGGUGGUGCGGGCGGACACGGCGCUCGGCCUGGUUCAGGCGCAGCACGCGCGGCGCUUGCAGGAGCUGCAGCGUUGUGCGGCCGACGGCUACAGGGAGCAGACGGAGCAGCUGCACGCCAGGCUGCUGGAGGAGCAGAGGAAGAGUCAGCAGCUGGAGGAGCAGCUGAGACUUCAGAAUCAGCAGAGCAGCGCUCAUGUCGGCAGGAAGCAGGAUCAGUAUGAGAAAGCGCUGUCUGCCCUGCAGCAGAGGAUGGAGGAGCUGGAGACCAAGCUGAAGGGCGUCCGGAUGGUUCUGCAGGAGAAAGUCCAGGAGCUCAAAGAACAGCUGGCGAGGAACAGGAAGUCGAGUGCGUUGCUGAAGGAUCUGUACGUGGAGAACUCCCAGCUGAUGAAGGCUCUGCAGGUCACCGAGCAGCGGCAGAAACACGCCGAGAAGAAGAACUUCCAGCUGGAGGACAAAGUCAGCGCUCUGAACAAACUGCUGCAAGAGAUCGUCCCUGCCUCGCUCAUCACAUAGCUCGCCACGUAGCUCGCCACGUAGCUCGCCACGUAGCCGCCACGUAGCACUGACACUACAGCAGCUGGUCUGAGAUCAGUUUUACUGAUGCUACAUCUCCACGUUAUGGUUUAAAAAGGAAUAUUUUCUGCUACGUUUCCCCCUCUCAUUCCCCCUGCUCUGGUGUUCCCCCCC